ACGAUGACUCUGCUCAGAUACCCGGUCCAGCUGCAGCUGCUGCUCAGUACUCUGCUCGGCUCUUGUUUGGGUUUGGAGUUCCCAGGAGUGCGAGGACAGUGGGCCCGUUUUCUCCGCUGGGAUGCCAGCACCAGAAGUGACCUCAGCUUCCGGGUCAAGACGGACACGUCCAGCGCGCUGGUCUUGUACUUCGACGACGGAGGCUACUGCGACUUCCUGCAGCUGAUGGUUGUGGAGGGCAAGCUGCAGCUGCGGUUCAGCAUCGACUGCGCGGAGACCACGCUGGUUUCGGGUAAACGGGUCAACGAUAGCAGCUGGCACUCGGUCACCGUGAGCAGGUCCAACCUGAGGACGGUGCUGGGCGUGGACGGCGAGAGCAAGGCCGACGAGGUCCGACCUCAGAGGCAGUACAUGAAGAUCGUUAGUGACCUCUUCCUGGGCGGAGUCCCCCAGGACAUUCGCACCUCGGCUCUGACCUUACCCACCGCCAAGGACCUCCCGCCUUUUAAAGGAGUUAUCAGGGACCUGAAAUACGGCAACAAGGAGCCUACGCUACUUAGCAGCCAGAGGGUCCGGAUGGACACGGAGGGUGUCUGCACCGAGAAUCCGUGUGAGAACGGAGGGAUUUGCGCCCUAGUGGACGGGGAACCGCAGUGCGAUUGUUCCAAGACGGAGUACGUUGGCCGAUUCUGCAGCGAAGGCUUGGCACACAUGAUGAUGGCCGAACAAGCCCGCGAGGAGAACGUGGCCACCUUUCGAGGCUCGGAAUACUUCUGCUACGACCUCUCGCAGAACCCCAUCCAGAGCAGCAGUGACGAGAUCACGCUCUCGUUCAAGACCUGGCAGCGCAACGGGCUCAUUCUGCACACGGGCAAGUCGGCCGACUAUGUCAACCUGGCGCUGAAGGACGGCGCGGUGUCCCUGGUCAUCAAUCUCGGUUCUGGAGCCUUUGAGGCCAUCGUGGAGCCGGUCAACGGCAAAUUCAACGAUAACACCUGGCACGAUGUCAAAGUGACACGCAAUCUCAGACAGGUCACUAUCUCCGUGGACGGGAUCCUCACCACCACAGGCUACACGCAGGAGGACUACACGAUGCUGGGCUCUGAUGAUUUCUUCUACGUCGGAGGAAGCCCGAGCACCGCUGACUUACCCGGUUCACCCGUCAGCAACAACUUCAUGGGCUGCCUCAAAGAGGUCAUGUACAAGAACAACGACAUCCGGUUGGAGCUUUCUCGGCUGGCGCGGAUCGUGGACCCUAAGAUGAAGAUCCAGGGAGAUGUUGUGUUUAAGUGCGAGAACGUGGCCACGUUGGACCCCAUCUCGUUCGAGACACCCGAGGCCUACAUCAGCCUCCCGAAGUGGAACACCAAACGCAUGGGCUCCAUCUCGUUCGACUUCCGCACCUCCGAGCCCAACGGCCUGAUCCUGUUCACGCACGGCAAGCCGCAGGACAGGAAGGCGGUGGGGAGCCAGAAGAACACCAAGGUGGACUUUUUUGCGGUGGAGCUGCUGGACGGGAGUCUGUACCUUCUGCUGGACAUGGGCUCGGGUACCAUCAAGGUCAAAGCCACGCAGAAUAAAGUGAACGACGGGACGUGGUACCACGUGGACAUCCAGAGAGACGGAAGAUCAGGUACUAUAUCCGUGAACAGCCGUCGUACCCCGUUCACGGCCAGCGGAGAGAGCGAGAUCCUGGACCUGGAGGGCGAUAUGUACCUCGGUGGACUUCCUGAGAACCGCGCCGGGCUCAUCCUGCCCACCGAGCUCUGGACCGCCAUGCUCAACUACGGCUACGUGGGCUGCAUCAGGGACCUGUUCAUCGACGGACGUAGCAAAGACAUCAGGCAGAUCGCUGAAGAGCAGAACGGAGCGGGAAUCAAACCCUCCUGCAACAAGGUGCCGGGGAAGCAGUGCGAGAGUUACCCGUGCAAGAACAAGGGGGUGUGUAAGGAGGGCUGGAACCGCUUCAUCUGCGACUGCACCGGCACCGGAUACUGGUCGCGUACCUGCGAGAGGGAGGCGUCGAUCCUGAGCUACGACGGCAGCAUGUACAUGAAGGUGGUGAUGCCCACAGUGAUGCACACCGAGGCCGAGGACGUGUCCCUGCGCUUCAUGUCCCAGAGAGCGUACGGCCUGCUCAUGGCCACCACGUCGCGCGACUCGGCCGACACCCUGCGCCUGGAGCUGGACGGCAGCCGCGUCAAACUCACCGUCAACUUAGACUGUAUCAGGAUUAACUGUAACUCCAGCAAGGGACCAGAGACACUGUAUGCUGGACAAAAACUCAAUGACAAUGAGUGGCAUACGGUGCGGGUGAUCCGGCGCGGUAAAACCUACAAGCUCACAGUUGACGAUGACGUAGCUGAAGGUCAGAUGGUGGGCGACCAUACUCGCCUGGAGUUCCACAACAUCGAGACAGGUGUGAUGACCGAGCGCCGUUUUGUCUCGCACAUCCCGUCCAGCUUCAUCGGCCACUUGCAGAGCCUCAGGUUCAACGGCCUGCUCUACAUCGACUUGUGCAAGAACGGCGACAUCGACUACUGCGAGCUGAACGCACGCUUCGGCAUGCGCUCCAUCAUCGCCGACCCGGUGACCUUCAAAGCCAAGAGUAGCUACCUGAGCCUGGCCACGCUGCAGGCCUACACCUCCAUGCACCUGUUCUUCCAGUUCAAGACCACCGCAGCGGACGGCAUCAUCCUGUUCAACAGCGGCGACGGGAGCGACUUCAUCGCCGUGGAGCUGGUGAAAGGGUACAUCCAUUACGUGUUUGAUCUCGGCAACGGCCCGAACCUCAUUAAAGGCAACAGUGAUCGAGCUCUGCAUGACAACCAGUGGCACAACGUGGUCAUCACCAGAGACAACAGCAAUCUGCAUACCCUCAAAGUCGACGCCAAGGUCGUCAGUCAAGUGGUUAACGGUGCCAAGAACCUGGACCUAAAAGGUGAUCUUUUCAUUGCUGGUUUGGGGCCCAACAUGUACAACAGCCUGCCCAAACUGGUAGCCUCGAGAGAGGGCUUUAAAGGUUGUCUGGCGUCGGUGGACCUGAACGGCCGUCUGCCGGACCUGAUAAACGACGCUCUGUUCCGCAGCGGGCAGAUUGAGCGUGGAUGCGAAGGUACACCCUCUUACAGCUCGAGCUCAGGCAGCCCAUUCUUCCUCAUGAAUGCUAACAGUAGCUCCAUUAGCAUUUCACUGAGCCAUCAGUCCAUCCUCCUGACCCUGCUCAUCACCUCUCUCAGCUGUUAGACCCAGUGGCUCGCAUAAAUCCUGCCCUUAUAUAUUCCACUUUGGUCUUACAGUCAGCCGAGCCCUGGUUUUUUCACCCUAACGAAAUAAUCCUUACUAAUAUAUGAUUGUAUUAUGACAAGGUCUGUGUAUGUAGUGUUUUUUGUUUCGAAAUGAAAGAAAAAAAAAAAUAUAUAUAUAUAUAAACGAUAUGUUUCCGGCUUUUUAAAACAGUAAAAGCUCUCGUGUUUUUUUUUUUUCCUUCGCUUGUGUU